AUGAGAAAUUCACUUUUUCGAAUUCCCGCGAGAUUUUUGAGAAAGACGCCGUUAUGGAAUCUUCACAAAGAGCAAAAUGCUACAAUGGCCGAAUUUGCUGGUUUUGACAUGCCGAUGAUUUACAAGGGAGUGUCGAUUCCUCAAUCUGUCGAACAUACUCGCUCCGUCUGCUCGAUUUUCGACGUGUCGCAUAUGCUCCAGACGCGGUUGACUGGAGAAGCAGCAGUUACCGCCAUUGAAUCUGUUUGCACUGCUGAUGUUGCUGCUAUGCCGGAUAAUUCAGGGUCUUUGGCUCUUUUUACAAAUGAUCAGGGAGGAAUUUUGGACGAUCUGAUUGUGAACAAAAUUUCAAACAAUGAAAUCUACAUCGUUUCAAAUGCUUCUAUGGCGGAGCAAGAUUUUGCGAUUUUGGAGACUGCUGCGGCUUCUUUUGGCUGUCGAUUGGAGAAGAUUGAGACUGGGCUUAUUGCCGUUCAAGGUCCUAAGGCCGCGGAAAUUCUUCAAAAAGGAACUACAACAGAUCUCUCCACCCUUUCUUUCAUGCAAGGAGCUGAUCUUUCCCUCUUUGGAAUCGACGGUAUUCGCGCAACAAGAUGCGGAUACACUGGAGAAGAUGGCUUCGAGCUUUCGAUUCCGGCAGAAGCAGUUGAGAAAUUGACGAAAAAACUGAUGGAGGAUGGAGCGCUUUUGGCAGGACUUGGAGCGAGGGAUACAUUGAGAUUGGAAGCAGGAUUGUGUCUUUAUGGAAAUGAUAUCGACGAAACGACGCUUCCACCAUCAGCUGUUCUUCUUUUUACCGUCCCGAAAUCUCGCAGAGCUCAGGGAAAUUUUCCUGGUUGUGCGGAAAUCGUGGCGCAGCAAAAGUCAAAGCCAGACGAAAAACGAGUUGGUUUGAUUUUUCAAAAGGGAAAACCACCUGCCAGACAAGGAGCAGAGCUUUUCAAAGACGGCGAAAAAAUCGGCCGAGUCACUUCUGGUGGCCCAAGUCCUACUCUCGGCCUUAAUAUUGGAAUGGGAUACGUCCCGCUCGAAUUAGCCAAGCCAGGGACACAACUUCAAGUCAAAGUCAGAAAGAAUGUUUUCGAAGCCGAAGUUACCAAAAUGCCAUUUAUCAAAUGCAACUACUAUACUGCGAAAAAAUGA